AUGGGCUGCAGCAAAAAGAGGAAUAACGAGUUGUUAUUUCCAGUUGCGAAGCUGCAGAAGCAUUUCCCCCCAAUUGAAUGGUGGCAGGGGAAAGAAAUUUUGCACAAAAUUCAGAAAAAAAAUCAAAGGAAGUUUGAGAAAAAUCCGUGUGAUAGUUUAUGGGGGAAAUUUAUCAACUGCUUGAGGAAGUACCCGCACACCUUUUCCAAGUGCAGAAUAGAAGGCACGCGGUAUUUGCAAUGUCUAUCGUCCAUUAACCAGGCGGAAGCAAUAGAUAAGCCCACGAAUUAUGUAAAGGUGUUGGAGUAUUUUAAAAUUUUCAACGAGACCAGCAGAUUUAAGUACAAGAAGCCGGAGCUGACGGACUAUUCCUUUUCGCAGAGUUGGCCUUUUUGCAGCGAGAAGGGCGACGCGCAGGACGGGGGCGACAAGGGGGGCGUU